GCUCGUACCUGGGAAAACGAGAUGGCCGUCGCAACCCGUGCGCUCCGGGGCACAAAUGGGGGCAGUCGGUUGAAAUCGCAGGGCCGCAUUAGCCGUCUCCGCUCCUCUCGACCCCAGUGCAGAUCCCCGGGCGCCACCCGGGAGGACGCGAGUGGGACGAGCGAGAUGAGGCGGGCGGCGACCCGCUGGGCUCGGCGAACCCAGCCGGCCAACGGACUCCGUCCGGACCUCCAGCAGCGCCGGUCGAUGCCGCGGGAAAGGGAGCUCGCUCCCACCGCGGCGGAGACCGAGGAUGACCCUCACGGGUCGGCGCUGGCGAAACGGGCUGAUGCGACCCGUCUUGAAACACGGACCAAGGAGGCCAACGCGGCUGCGAGCCAAUGGGUUGGAAACCACAAUGGCGACAGUGAAAGCGACCCACUUGGGUAUAGGGGCGAAAGACUAAUCGAACCAUCUGGUAGCUGGUUCCCUCCGAAGUUUCCCUCAGGAUAGCUGGUGCUCGAUACGUGGUUACGUCUGGUAAAGCGAAUGAUUGGCGGGCUCGGGGGAGAAGCUCCCUCGACCGACUCCUCAAACUUUAAACGGGCGAGGAGGGCCGCCAUCUUAAUUGUGGCUGGCUUUCAGGGGUGCUGGCUGACCCACCAACAUGAGUGCCAAGUGGGCCAUUUUUGGUAAGCAGAACUGGCGAGGCGGGAUGAACCGAAAGCCGGGUUUGGGCGGUGCCUAACUACGCGCUAACCUAGAUCCCACAAAGGGUGUUGAUUGAUUAAGACAGCAGGACGGUGGUCAUGGAAGUCGAAAUCGCUAAGGAGUGUGUAACAACUCACCUGCCGAAUCAAUUAGCCCGAAAAUGGAUGGCGUCAAGCGCGUGACUAUAACCCGGCCGCACCCGGCUGCUGGUGAGCCGGUGCGAGUAGGAGGGCGCGGUGGGAUGCAUCGAAGCGUGCGCGGUGAGCGCGCGUGGAGCUCCCGAUCGCUGCAGAUCUUGGUGGUAGUAGCAAAUUUCAAAUGAGAACUUUGAAGACUGAGGUGGAGAAAGGUUCCAUGUGAACAGCAGUUGCACAUGGGUUAGUCGAUCCUAAGAGAUGGGGUAACUCCUUGAGAACGGCGCGGUUUCCCCGCGCCGCCCAUCGAAAGGGAAUCGGGUC